AUGCGGCGAUCUCUGAAAGUCGCCGUCAUUGGCGCCGGCGUCUCGGGUCUAGUCACCGCCCACGAACUCCUCAAAGAAAGCCACACCGUCACCGUCUUUGAGAAAUCCAACCGGGUCGGGGGCACAUGGGUCUACAACUCCGACCCGGCCCACCUGUACAAGUCCCUGCGAACCAACCUCCCUCGGCCCCUAAUGGGCUUUACCGACCGCCCAUUUCCUGGGCCCACUGAGAGUUCUGUGGACCCCAGGCUGUUCCCUGCCCACGAGGAGGUGUUGGGGUUCAUCGAGAGGUUUGCGGAGGAGACGGGGGUCGUUGGGCUCGUGAGGUUUGGGGCCGAAGUGGGCCGGGUUGAAAUGGGCCGGAGGAAGGAUGAGUGGGUUGUGGAGGCGAGGGGAGAGGGAGGGGAGGUGAUGGUGGAGGUGUUUGAGGCUGUGGUGGUCUGUAAUGGGCAUCACGGUGUGCCGAGGUUCGCCGAGAUUGACGGCAUUGAAAAGUGGCCUGGCAAACAAGUACAUAGUUACAGCUAUCGCAUCCCAGAACCUUUUCAGGAUCAGAUACUGGUUAUAAUAGGUAAAGGAGCUAGUGCACAUGACAUCUCUAGAGAAUUAUCAAAGGUGGCCAAAGAAGUCCACUUAGCAUCAAGAUCUCCAGAUUUCAAAGUUGGGAAGUUAGAUGGCUAUAAUAAUAUUUGGCAGCACUUAAUGAUAAAGAACGUUAACGAGGAUGGUCUGGUUGUAUUUGAUGACGGCUCAUCAUUACAUGCAGAUACAAUUCUCCAUUGCACAGGGUAUAAAUACCAUUUUCCUUUUCUAGAUACAAAAGAAACUGUAAGCGUUGACGACAACCGUGUUGGACCAUUGUAUAAGCAUGUUUUCCCUCCACAUUUAGCUCCAUACCUUUCCUUUGUUGGAUUACUCAGUAAGGUUAUCAUCUUUAUGUCAAUAGAUUUACAAGCCAAAUGGGUAGCACGUGUACUAUCCGGCAAGAUUUCAUUGCCACCAGAAGAUGAAAUGGUUGCGUCAAUGGAUGAGUAUUACUUUCAAAUGGAAGAGAUCGGCAAGCCAAAACGCCACACACAUGAACUUUAUCCAGACGAGGUUGAGCACCUAAACUGGCUCACUGCUGAGGUUGGGUUGCCUCCAUUGGAGGAUUGGAGAUUCCAAAUCUAUCGUACAGUUUUGCGGCGCAUAUCAGCCCACGAUGAUAAUUAUCGUGAUAAUUUAGACGUUGAUUCUUUGAUCCAACAUUCACUUCCAAGGGUCCAGAUCUUGCAAUAAACAUCCCUUGAUGUUUGAUGAUAUUCUGAAGGAUUUUUAUUUAUUUAUUAGGGGAGUUCAUCAAUGUUACAAAAUUACUCGAGAAAGUUUUGACUUGUCCAAGGUGAAUCUACACGUAUCGUUUCCAUUGAGCUCUAUAUUCAUGCUUCUCAAGUCUUCUGCUUUGUUGCGUUUCUGAAAUCUACGCAUGCGAUUCUUCGAAUGUAUUCACUACCUGAACUUUGACUUUUUAAGCUGUGAAUAAAUACUGGGGAUUGUAAA